AUGGAGGUCUUCACUGGGUUCAGUGACUGGAAGCCAAAGCGUGACCAUCGGAUUUGUGCUGUUUCCUGGGGCGCGAUACAAGGAUUCCACGCGAACGUCGAGCGCUUCGAGAUCUCGCAAAUGACAAUGCCGAGAAUUCCUGAAGACUACAAGCCUGUGCUGUUCUGGGAUGGUGUGCAAAUCUCAUUCGAUUUAUAUUGCCAGGCGAAGAAGGUAAUGAGCGGAGAGGGGGAUCCCAGUCAGUUGGGUUUGCAAGUGUCGGCUGUGUUUGGUGGACAGGUCGCCGAGAAGAUGUUGCAGUAG